CCUUAGGUUGUUGUGUUAACCUCUCCAUUGAAGAUAAUGGAGGAACUAAAUAGAGUCAUUCCGACAAUAGACUUGGAAGAGGUUUCUGAUAAGAUUCUGAAUCAGAAAAUCCGUGAAGCCAGUGAGAGAUUGGGAUGUUUCAGGGUCAUUAACCAUGGAGUUUCAUUGUCUUUGAUGGCUGAGAUGAAGGAGACUGUUAUUGAUCUCUUUCAGCGUCCAUAUGAGGUGAAACUGCGUAACACCGAUGUGCUUCUAGGGAGUGGUUACAGAGCUCCAAAUGAAAUCAAUCCUUACUAUGAAGCAUUAGGUCUCUAUGACAUGGCUUCUCCUCAAGCUGUCAAUACCUUUUGUGACCAACUCGAAGCUUCUGCGGAUCAAAGGGAGAUUAUGGUAAAGUAUGCGAAAGCUAUCAAUGGACUUUCAAUGGAUUUAGUGAGGAGAUUAGCUGAGAGUUACGGGCUGGUUGAGACCGACUUUUUCAAAGGAUGGCCUAGCCAGUUCCGGAUUAACAAAUAUCAUUUUAAACCCGAAACAGUCGGGAAACUUGGUGUGCAAUUACACACGGAUUCAGGGUUCUUGACGAUUCUUCAAGAUGAUGAAAAUGUUGGAGGACUUGAAGCCAUGGACAGUUCUUCAGGAACCUUUUUCCCCAUAGACCCGUUGCCAAACACGCUUGCUAUCAACCUCGGGGACAUGGCUACGAUAUGGAGCAAUGGAAGAUUGUGCAAUGUGAAGCAUAGAGUGCAAUGCAAAGAAGCAACAAUGAGGUAUUCUAUCGCCUCGUUCUUAUUAGGACCAAUGGAUACAGAUUUGGAACCUCCAAGUGAGUUUGUGGAUGCAGAACAUCCGCGACUAUACAAGCCUAUUAGUCACGAAGGGAUACGAAAUAUUAGAAUGACUAAAAAAUUGCAUGAUGGAGAAGCUCUCAAGCUUAUAACCCAUAAAGGGAUAGAUAAAUGAUGUAAUAGGCAUUUUAAGAUGGUAGCGCUAUGGAACCAGAAAACUGCAAUUUCUUACGUAAGAAUGAGAAAUAAAGAAUGUAUUAAAGAUGUAUUACCUAUUGGAUUGUUGCAAUAUAUGAAAUAUUUCUAC